AUGUAUGGGGCAGGAGGAGACGAGGAAGAGGGCAUGGGAAUGGGAAUGGGAAGUGGAGGAACAGGGAUGAUGAAGAAGAUGAUGACCAGUCCUGCAGGGGGAGGGUCAGGACAGUGGGCCCCAGAGGAGACGAGGGAGCUGAUCGCCAUCCGUGGAGAACUGGAGAUCAGGAACUCCAAUUUGGCGAAGCGCAGCAAGGCGCUGUGGGAAGCAGUGAGCUCUAAGAUGGCCGAGAGAGGCUUCAACAGAACCCCCGAGCAGUGCAAAUGCAAGUGGAAGAACCUCCUCAUUCGUUACAAGGGGAAGGAGACGUCUGAUCCGGAGAGUGGCCGGGAGUGUCCCUUCUUUGAGGAAUUGCAGGCAGUGUUUACUGAAAGAGCAAAUAAUAUGCAGCGCUUACUUCUUGAAUCCGAGACGGGUUCAGCCCGGUCCAAGAAAAUGGGGAAGAGGAAAUUGAGGCCGGGCCGAUCCUCGGACGAGUUCUCAGAGGACCCAGAUGAAGAGGAUGAGGAUGAUAAGAAGAGGAAGGGUGAAAGAGUAAUUAUGCCAAAAGCAACCAAUGCUGCUAGUGGGACUAGUAGUAGUAUCCAGGAUAUGCUUAAGGCGUUUUUUUCAGCAGCAGCAGAGGAUGGAGAUGGAGUGGAGGGAAAUGAUGGAGAGGCGGGCGCAGGAGCGGCGGAUGUUUGA